AAACGGACAACCCAAGGGAGGGAUGGGAGGACGGCACGCCGCGCCACCACACAAAACAGAUCGACAAAGACCGCGCUCGCCAAAUUAUUCUCCACCUUGAUGGAUUGCCGUUAUCACCCUUCCCACCACGACCGGAGGACCUGCCUUAGCCAGCUCGAAAAAGACGAGCAGUCCUCCUUUGGUCUUCGCGAGUCGGCCUUAUAUCACGCACCACUCCCAACCAAGGCGGCAUGAUGCUGCUCUUCGCCACCACGCUAGCUGCGCCGCUGCCCGUCGGUCGACCCGACGAGCUCGGCGCCAUGAUGCUCGGCGCUCUCCGCGACAAGGACGAGCGGAAGACAGAGAUGGGCGCGACAGUAAAGCUGGGUCUCGCCGCGAUCUCCGGCGACGAAGGAGCAAUGGACGCGGCAUCCGAUCAGGCCGCGGGCAUGGCUGCCGACGCGGCCGCAGACGCUGCGAUGGCAGCGGUCGAGCACGGACCAGCAGUGAUCUCCUUUGCAAAGCUCCUGGCCAAAGAGGGCUACCAGGGCAUCAAAGAGGCCACGAAGGACGACGGCAAGCAGCAGUCCAGUUCCGGUGAGGGCCAGGCGCACGGCGCCUACGCAUACGGAGGUGGCCAGCCGGGUGGGAAGCAGUGGGGGUACGGCGGUAAGCACUGGGGCUACGAAGGCGGACAGCCGGCAUCGGGAUAUGCUUAUGAUGGGCAGCAGUCGGGAUACACAUUCGCAGCGAAGGAGGCGGCGGAGGCGGCAAGGAAGGAGGCAGCGACAUUCGCAGCAAAGGAGGCGGCGGAGGCGGCAAGGAAGGAGGCAGCGGCUGCGAACGCUGCAAGGGCGGACCUAGCGGCCAAGUUGGCGGCGGCGACGAAGGCAGCCAUGGCCAAGACGGCAGAGGCGAGCGAAACAAAAGCGAGUCUGGAGGCGAGGCUGGCCGCGGCAGAAGCAAAGCUUGCGGCAGCGGCCCAGGCGGCCGAGAUGGAAACGGCAGCGGCUGAGGCGGCCGAGGCAGGGGCUGAGGCGCUGGCCCAAAAGAUGCAGGCGGAGGCGGCUAGUUGGAAGGCAAAGGCGGAGGCGGCGAGCGGCUUGCAGACGGGAUACGGCGUCAGCCAGCAGUUGCUCGGGCACACCUCAGGCGAGCUCCCUGCUGGCUGGGCCUCAUCUACGCUUCAGGGCCAGACCUACUACUACUGCGAGAGCGAGCACCCGCUCGGAGGCAGGCUUCCCCCCUCGCAGUGGGAAGUGCCCGCUGUCCCGUGCGCAGCGGCCUCCUCCAGGACCGAACGCAAGGGCCAGUGCACGUUCCGGGACGCCAACCUCCAAGACAGUGGCCCGCGGUGCUACAUGGAGGGCGUCGGCGAGUGCGCUGGCCAGUGCCUCACACACGCCUUCAAGCCCGCGUACUACACCAACGGCGUCUGCUACGACUCCAUGGCCCAGUGCACCGCCGGGAUCGCCGCACAAUCCAACUGGAUGUCGGUGACCGGCCACCACCGCUGCUACGAGUACAAGAAAGAGCGCGGCCGGUGCGUGCCGAAGGACGCGAAGCCUGCGCGUGGCUGCUACAACGACCCGGACGAGUGCGAGGCGUUCGGAGCACCGGAGCGUACACCGGAGCGUACACCGAAGACUGGGCUCUGCCUCACCACAACCGCCGAUUUCGCAGCAGCUAUUGGCAUGGCCGCCAGCUCCUGUCAAGACAAGAACUAUUGGGCGUGCGUAAAGACGCACAAGUCGAACGCCGAUUGCAAGGCCUUGUGCGAGGACGACACCCACUGUCUCUCCUUCGCGAAUUACCCGAUGGCUCGUCUCGCCGCUGACCAAGAGCACUUUGUUGUCGGCCAGCCAAACGGCGUGACCUGCCUGCUGUUUCACAGCGCCCCGACAGACCCCUCUAGGGCCACAUGCGAUGGAGGCAGCGUCUUUGAAGAAGUGCGCAGUCGCCCACUUCCGACCCAUCCGCCGCCGCCGCCGCCGCCGCCGCCGCCGCCACCGCCAGCCUCCGUGCAACCUCGCUCGGGCGGCCCGUCGUGCGACUGCAACUAUAUCGGCGUGUCGGGAGGCUACGAGCACCAAUCCACGAGUAUGGGCGUCUUCACGCGCACAGGGACGGUGGUGAAUGGCCGCUGGGUCUACAAGAACUCGGAGGACCAGUACCUCUACUUUCCCUCUGGCUACAUGUGGAUGAUUAGUGACGACUACACCUCUGCGUCUGCUGGGGUGGUCGACUAUUCGUAUUCAAACGCCCUCUGCCCUAACGAUGUCGGCUCAAACUUCCAGAGGUGGGACGGCUCGGAGUGGGGCGGCAGCGUCGCCGUCGUCUGCUACUCGUGGUGGCAAGGCGGCCGCGGCGGUCGAUACAACGACUACCGCCACGGACGCGACGAUGACGACGGCGACGACAGCUACGAUGAUCGUCGCCGCCAUCGCCGCGACCGUGACGACGACGACGGCUACUCCUACGAUUGAACGAGUUGCAACUCUGCGGUCCCGGGGCCCUAGGUGGCUUGAAAUGGAUCGCGCCGACGCCGAGGCAGAGCCCGCCCUGCUAGUUCUUCCGGCUGACUGACUUCUGUGCUGUGUGACUAUUUUCUCUCUCUCACCUUGUAUAGUG